AUGGCCGAAUCAGCGCAGACUGAAGCUGCUGACGAAGAAGCGGCAAUCUUGCUUGUGAGAAGCGAUGCAGCAACCUGCGACAACCUCCGGAUUCCUAGAUCUGCAUACGCCGAACUAGCACCGUGA